AUGGCAGAGGUGGAGCAAUUCAUUUCUUUGGCGUCGGAUCCUUCGGCAAGUGAAUUAGAUGAGGACUCGUGGGUUAGUAUGGAAAUUGAUAGCAUCGUGAGAGAUUAUAUGUUUGCAAAAGGGGCUGAAAACCUAGAGGGUAAGAAGGAGCCUCAAGAAAUGGUUAAGGCUAAGGAAGAGCAUAUGGAAAAUUCCAAUGGAGAAGUCGUUCGAGUAGAGCCAAGUGAUGUGGAGAUGAGUGAAAGCCACCAAGGAGUUGAGCCAACAAGGGCAUAUUUGGAUGAGUACAGGGUCGAAGAGCGCAAUUUUGUCAAUAUUGCCAGUGAAAUUGUAGGAAAUCUAGAUAUAGUUUGCCCUUAUGUGGUAUGCAAAAACUUGGAGCACCAUCCUAUUUAUGUAGUGUACGAUUACUUGAUCUUACAUGGCAUGGAUCCUAGCUACACUACUUGGGUCCUUCACGAAUCUAUGAUGGAUGGGGACAUAGAAAUGUUGGAAACAUAUAAGAUGUAUAAAGAUCAAAUUGGUUUGCAAGAAGGUAAUGUGGCAGCACAAACAAAUGAAAGGAUAGAGGCAGAAACAUCAAAUUUUAUUAGGGAUGCUGAAACUUCUUUGUUUGAUGGCUGUAUAAAGUACACAAAGAUGUCAACAACAAUGGCUUCAUUUAAGCUUAAAGCUGCAUUUGGUGUAUGUGACAAUUUUUAUGAUGAGCUCCUCCCAAUUAUUUGUGACAUACUCCCAGAUCAAAACACACUUCCUACUUCAAUAUACGCAAUUAAAAAAUUGCCAAAGAAAUUUGAUCUUGAGUACGAGAAGAUACAUGCUUGCAUCAACGAUUGCUGCUUAUUUAGAAGAGAUCUUGAGCAUGUACAAGAGUGCCCAAAAUGUGGUUCUUCUCGAUGGGAAGUUAGCCCAUGUCCAAAAAUGAAAAAACAAGGAGUCCCUGCAAAAGUCUUGCUUUAUUUCCCAAUAAUACCAAGACUAAAAAGAAUGUUUGGUAUGGCUGAAAUUGCUGAACAACUAAGAUGGGAUCAUACUAAUAAAAGCCAUGACGGUAAAAUGAGGCAUCCGGUGGAUUCAAUUGCAUGUGAGACAAUAAAUAGGAAAUGGGAUUCUUUUAACUUGGAUCCUCGAAACAUUCGUUUUGGCCUUGCUACUGAUGGGUUUAAUCCUUUCCAAUAUCUUAGUUCGAGGUAUAGUUGUUGGCCAAUAAUUUUAGCUACAUAUAAUUUGCCACCAAAGUUAUGCACAUCCAAGGAGAACUUGAUGUUGACUUUACUCAUCCCAGGUCCAAAACAACCAGGUAAUGAUAUAGAUGUUUAUCUAACACCUCUUAGAGAAGAUUUGAAAGAGCUUUGGAUUAAUGGAGUUGUGGUUUAUGAUGCAUUCAGUAUGUCCACAUUAACUUAA